UUAUGCCUUUGAUUAUCACAUGACAGAUGUUACUGCAGUCUGGUCUGCAACGCCACUCAUUGAACAACCUGAAAUUUAAAUGACGCAUGUCUUGCGCAGUACUCGAUGCGCAAUGUAGACUUUACCGAGCAGACGACAGUCCACGCAUUACAAAUUAACCCUUAUGUUUUGGUUAGUUGCGAGUUGUGAUUGAUAAUGCGUAUUUCGUAGUGUUGCAUAUUCUUGAUAAAAAAAACUUGAUUCUCGUUUAAAACGAUUGAAAUCGUGUGUGUUGACAUUCGCAGUUUAAAACAGAAAGAUACAAACUUGAAGAAUCAUCAUGUAUUCGCCGUCGUUGAGCUCUGAACCAAGCUCGCCGAGCAUGACACCUGGCUCUGCUGCACUUGAAAAAGUGAAAAAUCUGAAAGAUCUGUCAGUUUUUAAAACACCUAUUGGUCGCGCAGUGAGAAAAAAGAAAGUGGUUUACGACGAAGACACUUAUAUCGAAAAAAUAGGAGAAAUUAUUGAAAGAGACUUCUUUCCAGACCUGGAAAAACUCAGAGCUCAAAAUGAAUUUCUCGAUGCAGAAGGACAAAAUGAUGUCAAAAAAAUGAGAGAGCUCUUUGAAAAGUAUAGCUUUGGAGGACCCAGAACUGAACGUUUACCCAGUCCUGCAACGUUCGAUACUCCAGCUCAUGGUGAAAAUACUAGCGAUACGCCUUGCUCGAUUGCAUCCAGACAGUCCAAUGCGAGUAGUUGUAAAUCUGAAAAGAAAGAAAAAAAGCUCAAAUUGGAUGAAUUUUUGGCUGUAAGUACAAGCGAAGAUAAUGCAAGCUUUGAAGACAUUCUUGCUGAAAAUGAAAAAAAACACAGGUUAAAUAAUGCUUGGCUUUAUAAAAAUGAGGCUGCUCUUGCAAUUGAAAAUGGUAGUAGUCAAACCUUAGCCAUAGAAAAUGGUCCAAGUCAAAAAUCAAUUAAGCCAAACGUUGAUACAUGGGCCUACAAAAAUAAAAAUUACAUUAUGUACAUACCAGAUGGAGUUGAAUUAACUCUAGAAGAGCAAGUUGAACUUGCUAAAAAAAAGCAAGAAAUAGUUCACACAAGUACCAGACUAAAACAUAAUCCAUUCAAUGAACAACAAAAUAAAGAAGCAAUCAGUGAGAUUGCUAAAUGCCAGUCUAAAGCUAACGAUGGAAAAAUUGGAGUUGAUGGAAAAGAAAUAAUUAGAACCGAUACUCCUAGAGUUAACGGGUACUCUAUAUUAGGUACUCCGUUACCAAGUCCAAUGCCUGAUGGAAUAACAGACAGUCCCAUCAUGACUUGGGGUCAAAUCGAAGGUACUCCUUUCCGAUUGGAUGGUGGAGAUACUCCUCUGUUACAUGCGAGUCAAGGACCUUCUUUCAAAAUAGCAGAACCACCAAAACGUGAAAAAAUAGCCAUGCGUUUGGCAGAGAAAGCUGGAGAAAGAAACAGAGAUAAAAAAUUGAAAGCUCUGGAUGCUGCUAGAAAAUCAUUUGCAACACCGUCUCCGAGAUCAACAAUAGACAGACUGAAUAGUAUAUCACCAGCUGCAAGAAGAUUGGCAACUCAGAAGCUACGCGUACCUAUAACUCCAUCUCCACAAAGAACUCCCAUGAAGUCUCCUCUAGUAAGGAUCAGGACACCGAACACUCCUAGAGUGAACACUCCAGGAUCGAAUAGGCAUGGAAUUGGAGCAAAGAUCCAAACACCUAUUUUGACAGAUAAUUUGUUGAAUUUACCACAGAGACAGCGAGCCGCUGAUUUCUUUAAAUAAUAGUCGUCUGUAUUACUAAUUUUAAGUAUGUAAAUACUUUGUACAUAUUUGAUCUCUGCGUACCGAGAGAUAUAUUUUUUGUAUCCUACGAAAACGAUUCUAUUGUCAAGCGAAAAUAAAAGUUGUGAAAGGAAAUACUUUCAAAUGCCUAAAAAAUGUAUAUUUUGCUGAUUAGAAUCAUGUAAAAGUUUGACCCUAUUAAUAUAAAGUGAAAACAGUUGUGUAAAAUCCGAUCGAGGACACGGGCGAGAAAUUUGUAUGUUAAACGAGUUGGCACGCAUCCACGAAUGAAAUCGAUGUUGCACCCGGUAUACAAGUCAGCGAACGAAUCUCAUUACAAU